GGGUUUUUAUAAACACAUCCAUCUAGAAUAGACAGCGCAUACUGAAUUAUUGUUGUCCAACGAUUCUGUUAAUCCACAACAAGCGCGAAACGCAUUGUCAUCAUGUCAUUGCUAGAGGCAGAUGACAGUUACGAUUUCGUGUUUAAAAUAGUUCUAGUUGGUGAUGUUGGUGUCGGUAAAACUUGUGUCGUGCAACGUUUCAAGACCGGCAUAUUUAUCGAAAGACAGGGGAAUACAAUUGGAGUGGAUUUUACCAUGAAAACAAUAGAUAUUCAAGGAAAAAGAGUAAAGUUACAGAUUUGGGAUACAGCUGGACAGGAGCGUUUCCGAACCAUCACUCAAAGUUAUUACCGCAGCACCAAUGGGGCCAUCAUCACCUACGACAUCACCAAGAAAGCCUCGUUCUUGUCUGUCCCCAAGUGGAUGGAAGAUGUGAAGAAAUACGGUGGCUCUAACAUUGUUCCACUUUUGGUUGGAAACAAGUCAGACCUGGCCGAGAUGCGUGAAGUUCCCUUUGAGGAUGCUCAGUCCAUGGCACAGCAGUUGGAAUUCAUCAGUGCCAUAGAGACUUCAGCCAAGGAUUCCAGUAAUGUAGAUGAGGCCUUCAAUAAAAUGGCUGCUGAACUCAUGCUCAGACACGGGGGACCUAUGAUAAAUGAGAAUGUGACGGACAGCUUUAAGCUAAACAGUAAGGAUGUGACCGCUGAAGGGUGGGGUUGCGGAUGUUGAAAAAUUGGAUUCAGUUUUAUUUCAGGGUUAUUAAAGUUAUGUUACUGCCACUCAUGGAGGAUAACUGUGGGGGAUCAGUCAGUCAGGCUGUUGCCUGUGAGAACCGUAGGACAUUUCCAGUAACCUUCCCGUUGAUUUCAGGGACCAGUUGUUACCAUUGCUCCAGCCUCUAGCAGAUGUGCAUAAAGAAAGAGAUGUCAAAGCAGGUGGUUUAUGGUACACUUAGAGAUGGAAGCAACUGGAAAAAUCAGAUCUGACUUUAAUAAAUGGUUUUAGUAAUGCCUCUGACUGGAGAUGAAAGCCAAGAAGAAGUUCUAAACUUUUUUUUUUUUUUUUUUACCCAAGUGUGAAUCACAGGGGUAAGUGAAGGACUGAUCAAAAUCCAUUUCUCUCGUAUGUUGAAUACAGUCUCAUGAAUUCAGUAGGUCUGCGUAGUUUCUCUGUCUUCAUAUGUGUCCGUUAAUUUUCUUUCUCAGACUUUCUGCCGUUAGACGGAUAUCGUAUCUAGAAUAGGACACCUGGAGCUGGGGUGUUAUUUGUUAAUAUGGGCUUAUGUUGUUCAGCGAUAGUGUAAAGCUUUUGCCAUCAGUGGACACAAUGACUGCUGAUGUCCCAUAAUGGCUGUCACACGAGGACGCUUACUUAACCAUUCUAACAGUUAUGCAACUCCAGUAAGACACUCCUGCAACACGGACUCACAAGUGCCAAACGUCCAUAUGACCAAGUAUCACAUUGCUCUUGAAUUUAAACUGGAAACACAGCGAGUCGACUCUUGACGAUGUUGGGGGUUUUUUGUUUGCUUUUUUGUUUGUUUUUUUACACUGGAAUUAGCAAUUUGAAGAGGCAGGUAGUUUCUCUCAAGACUUGGUUCUAUAUUAAUUAAUUGAGGUGUUUUCUUCUAGGGUCACUAUUUUUAAUAUUUUCUUCCUUUGCCCUUUCACAUCUGUCCAUACCCAGUGAAAUAUGCCAUUACAAGAUGUGUUAGCUUAGCUUAGCUGCAGUUCAAAUAGAAAUCUGUCUCAAGUUGUUUCUCAGAUCAUGGACCAGUUUUACCCCUUAGGUUAAGUUUACAUUUAGAAACAGUGAGAUCACUGACCAUGACAUAUUUUACAGGAUUUUUUCCUUUUCCCACAUUUGAUGGGUUUUUUUCUUUUGGUAUGGUGUGAGCAUUGAUGCUAUUUUACAUUAAUUGUUAAUUCAGGAUUACGUCAAAGCCUUGAAAUCACAAUUGUUCAAGAAAAAGACAGUCUUUUAAAAUUAGGAUUACUUGUCACAUUACUUUUAAUCAUAGGCCAUAGAGUAAAUUAUUGUAGGAUUAUGGAGGCAUACGUUUGCUAUUCAGUCUCAAAUAAUGAGGAAAAGGGCUAGAAAACCGUUUUGUUUUUUUUUACAUGUAAUAUUCAGGUACUGUAGUCCUCUUUUUUUUUUUUAAAUGAUACAUGAAUGGAGAGUGAUUUUUCCUUGUUUCACUGGUCAGAGAGAAGACCCUUGAAACUGAACUGCUCUGCAGUUUCACUGAAUAAAACUCAACAUUGUUUUAUAUUCAGUGAGUGAAGGUGAAUAGAGUGUGAAAUGUCUACCAGACAAAUGUAAUCUUUUUUUUUUUAAGGUUGGUAAUGUAAUUGAGACGAUCAAUUGGAAUAUUUAACUGUUUGAAUAGACUUGGAGGUGAACUGUGGAGGAGGUUUGCUGAGUGCCUUAUAAUGCAAUGCUGAUAUUGUAGGAAUUAUUAUUUUAUUAGUGCUUAAUGUUAAGACAAUAUUACAAUGAUCUGUUACUAUGCAUUUCAUCUGUUAAUCAAUCAGUGAUACUGUACGUUGUUUUU